AUGUCUUUCUCGACAGAUUUCGACACUUGCAGUCAUCAAAAGGCAUGGGCAGCUUCAGACACUGGCCACAAGGUCAAGGACGAUAUCUCGGUGCUUGCGUCUGGUUCAAUCUACGAGGAUGUCGUGCUCUUCCCAGAAGACCCACUUCCAACAACCAAAGGGAACGUCGUUGAGCUCGUGUCAUGGAAUCACCCUGUGGGUGGACAAAAUCGAUGCGGGCGCGAGAAGAGGGUCGCAGAGGGCUCCAAGCACUUCCAGAAAGCAGUCAGCAGCGAGGUGCCAGAAGCGGACGGAGGACUUGUUGCGGGAUGGGCCCAAGUCUCUUUCGACCAUGGCGGCGUGAAGUCGAGACGCUGUACGUCCCCUAUCGGCUGGAAAAGUGCGGAUGUUCACUACAAGUGCAAAGAGACCAGGCCUUUGCUUGACAACAUUCAGUGGCUCGUGGAAAAUAAUGGUUCGGGCGUCGAGGUGGUUCAUUAUGCAUACGGCAAGUCGCUUAACGCUGCAGGGACAAACCUGUAA